UUGAAUUUAUUGAUUGAUUUAGCUCCCCUUGAGACCGAUCUGGCGACUAAGAUGCUCCAGAUCCAGAGUAAACGGUUCUACCUGGACGUGAGACAGAACAAAAGAGGGAAAUUUCUCAAGAUAGCAGAGAUUGCUGCGGAUGGGAGAAGAGACCAGAUCUUUAUGGCGCUGAGUACAGCAGCUGAGUUCAGAGAUCAUCUGAAAACAUUCAGUGAUUUCUACGCUAACCUGCCAACUACUCUGCCACAGAAGAAUGAGGAGGGUCCAGCAGAUGAUGGAAAACUCAAGUCAGAGAUUAUGAUAAAGGACAGUAGACGCUACUACUUAGAUCUGAAGGAGAAUGUUCGCGGACGUUUCCUGAGAGUUUCCCAAACAGUUGCCAGGGGAGCUGGUCCUAGAUCCCAUCUAGCCAUUCCAGCACAGGGAAUGAUAGAGUUUAGGAAUGCACUGAGUGAUAUAGUUGAUGAGUUUGGAACUGAUGAUGGAGGGUUCCAGGGUGAGCUACCUGCUAGUCAGCAUAUGCGAGUAGAAGGAAAGGGAUUCCAUUUUGACGUUGGGCAGAAUAGUCGCGGAAUCUUUAUGAAGAUAUCAGAGGUGCAGACCAACUACCGUACCUCUGUAACCCUACCGGAGAAGUGCUGGCCUAGGUUCAAGGAUAUACUGGAGGACUUCAUUCAGAAAAUGGACGUCCUGGAGGCCGAGGCGGCAAAUGAGAAAAAGGCGGCGGAGGGCGGAGGAAAUAUGGCGGAGAUUGAAGACUAGGGCGGAGACAUAAUUGCUCAAAACAAUCUCCAUUUUUGUGAUCUUGAGAAAAGUUUGAACUUCUAACUCGGUAAAAAAGUUCAUAAUAAAACUAGUUAAACAGGUUAAUAACAGUUUUGAACUAAUUAACACAGUUAUCACUGGUUCGAGUGCAAUAUUAAACCAUAACUGGUCUAAGUACAUGUUUUAACCAGUUUUAACUGGUACAGGAAAAUUUCAAAACCAGGCGAAAACUAGUUUAAGUAAAUGUUUGUUAACAGUUAUUCAUAAAACUGUUUUUAACGUGUUUAACAAAACUUCUUUAUCGCCAUCUUGUGAUCAAUUAAAACCGGUUUUGAAUUUAGUUUUGGUUAAAAACCAGUGCGGAUAUAAUCCAGUAAUAAUCCAGUUUGGCAUUUUGUUAUGGAAACUUGUUAUGAUUUUGCCAUUUUAUAAUUGUUUCAAGAAACCCACCAUGUCUGAAUUGUAAAUUAUAAAUAAAUUUUUUCUGAAUUAAUAA